AUGUUUCGCGUACCUGACUGGACGUUGGCCAGCAUCAGCAUCGUGAUCAGGAGUAGCCUUUGGUCAACAAUCAUCGUGGCUGUGGCGGUGGCUGCGGCGGUGGUGGCUUCGAUGAGCAGCACAAGCCUCCGCAGCCACGUCGUCUCUUUCCACAGGAACGGCUACCCGCCGCCGCCGCCGCCGUCACCGAGGUACGUGGCAAAAGGCGAUGACGGCGUUCACUGGUGCCCUUAUGUCACGUGA